AUGUUGAAUAUCUUGCCCCUGAGCUCUCGCUCUUUGGGGACAUAUGGUAGAGUGUCAUCCCACUUGUCUCCCUCCCCCUCCUGGUGGUACAUGAAUUCAGUUCAUCCUAUACUCUCGCCCUUUUCAGAACUGGUCAAGUCUCCUCACGCUCCAGAGGGCAUGAACAAAGUCUGUUCCUCCCGUGCUCUCGCCUUUCUGAGGUUACCUGAAGACUUUUCUUGCCUCUCUUCUCCUCUUGCUUUGCCCACCUCACCAUCCUUUUUCCCAAACUUCUUCCUUCCAAUUCAUCUACGCCCAUCCAUCUCUACUCUCACCCAUACUUAUCUCGCCAUAUUUCUCUCAACCUUACUCCUCGAAUUCCAUCACGAAAACACUCUCGAAAUUCCUUCCGUUCAAAUCCACACAUCCAGCUUGCGGCUCCAAAAGGUUCCGUCUGGAUGCCUGCUUGGCUUUUCGGCCCGACAAUAUCGCUGGCUCUUCAAGGAGCUUCAGAAGACGACGACACAGCUCUUGCGCCUCUCAACAGAUUUUGAGCUUGCCUCUGGACACCAAGGCUUCUUCCUGAGAUCACCCCCGAACGAGUCGACAAGUUUGCUUGACUUGCUCAAUUCUUUGCAGAUUACUGGCUCCAUAGCUUCAACGAUACUCCAGAAAAAGGGCACGCACCUGCUUCAACAUCCGACGAUACCCAAGGCUGUGUGGCUCGAGUCGCUGUGCCUCAUUCCCUCCCCCAAUCUUCCAGUGUCAAAUGGUUUUAGCUCACUUACAGACCAACCCAAAUGGGUUGGCGGGUGGGUGUUUGACACGGUGCAUAGAUCCAGUGAUCUCACCGAGCUCACCUUCCACUUCACCUUGCCCAUUUCUGUGCGUAUUCUCCUGAAGAUUUCCCGGGUGCGCCUCCUUAAGGGACUAGUGUGGGCUGCACCUGCCUUCUCGGAAGAUAUCAACUUUUUUUUCACCCUUCUUUGUUCCUCUUCACCCUCCCAUCACCAGUCCAGAAAUAUUCCUCGAGUAUUUCCACAUACUUCCACACUACCUUUCGUUUCAUACUACAUCCUACACGCCCACACUUCCCAAUUCAAUCCGUCUCGCGUGGUCAAGAUGGCCGACUCAGGUAGCGCUCGCUCUCGGGCUGGGCGCGGAGGCGUUUGUCUCGCCGAGCAUUCGCCCCAGUUCGCUGCGACACGCGAGCCAUUCCGGACGACUCCUAGCUCGUCUUCUGACAGCACCGUCCGCAAUGCUGGAUCACCUUCUGAUGUCUUUGCGGCCGAUCUUUCUAACCAAAACUCGCAGCUCAACCACAAGAGUUACCAGUUGCCUCAGCCACCGAAGUUUCAGCCGACAAACCUCACUUCCACCAAGAGUCAGGAUCAGGAAAGCAACCAGAAACCAAGUCGUACUAUCAGUCAGCAUCCGCCGCACUUCUCAACAGGAAAGGCAUCAUUUCCCUCUGAGAGAACGGCAUUGGCAACUCCAACUGGGCGUUCUGCAGUACAGCCAAACACCCUUGGACAUCGAUCUGGCCCGCUGCCGUCUUCUACAUCUAUUCGUGACUUCGAAGGUACCCCCAGCGCCAAGACUCCCGGUCAUCAUACCCCGGGUUCCUUGAACAACGACACUCGACGAAUUCAACAGCAUCCUGCCCCCGUCGAGGACAAAACAAAGCUCAAGCCAACUUCUGAACUCACAAAGACGAACAAGAUUAUCGCGAAGAUGGCUACUCACUGUCAUAUUGACGGACCUUUGGCUGGCCCUCUCCGGGAGAGUCGCCGCUCCGAGCUGGCCAGAGACCAUUUUCCAUCUUCGCCUUUCUUCUUUGUUCAAGCCGGAAUUAUGACCACUCAGCAGGCGAUCCGCCGCACUCCUGGCAUUCCGGCCAACAUUGCCAACGACCUUUGCGAUGGCCUCCAGGUGUACUCGCAAAAGGUUAACGACAUUCUUCGCCAGGCUGUCAAUGAGGUCGCAGAUAUCAAAAUCGAUCUCGAGUACAACGACAAGGUUCUUUGUUCCAAUAAACUGGAGGCUAGCAUCAUUUCCGAGGAACGUGAGCAGCUCAAGCGCGAUGUUGCUGAGAUUCAUCGCAAGUACGAGGAGUUGGAGGAUCGUCUUGCGCGCUACCACGUGGAGCAGGAGAACCACAAGAACACGGUUCUCGAGUUCUUGGCCCGCCUCGAUCCUCGCAAUGAUGAAGAGAAUGGAGACAGAGAGCAGAUCGUUGCCGAGUUGCUUCAGACUCUCAAGGACUUCAUGGACCGCCCUAGCUCCCGCUGGAUGCACGGAGAGCGUGAGAACUCUUCCAAGGCCAUUGCCAUCCUCAGUACCGAGAGCAUCGCCGCGCUUGAGAAGGAGAACCACCCUCAGUCGGCUAAGCGGCUUCAGCAGUCUCAGGAUGCACGUCGUGCCCCUGGUUCGGAAUCACAUGAGAUGAUCCCCACCUUGGACAAUGCUCUGCAGCCGUUCUACCACCAGCAGAACAUUCCGGGCUUUCCACCUGCUCAUAAUGCCCCUUCCACUUCUUUCCCGGGCAUGUAUGGCCCUGGCCGUCGGUCUGGUGACAACCGCACCAUAUCUUCCGCGGGUUGGACGCGCGCGUCUAGCGGCACCCCUACUCAAUAUACCGGUUCUUACUCGCAAACUCGAGACAUUCAGAACGGUUUCAGCGGCGGAUAUCAGCAGCCCAAUGGCUUUGAGGGACCCAGUAACCAUCGAGGCCGGUUCAACAUGCCGUCCCGCCCUGGCACUGCCAUGGGCCACCGCGGCUCGUUCCGUCCCAAUGCUCCUGAGUUCCACCCGGGCAUGUAUGGCAACGCAGACAACAGUGGCUUCCACAAUGAUACGUCCUACAACAUGAGCUACGGCUCAGGAUCCAAUGCUGGUUCUCGCCACAACUUCAACGGAGGCAGCACUCCUUUCCGCAGCCCGACUACUCGCUCCGCUGGUCAUUACGGCAACUUUGAAGGACCCGGUGGUGGCUUUCCUCGCCCGCCUCCUCUGGUUCCUUCGGGACGUCAAAUCUCCCAUGGUUCCCAGUACGGCAUGGGCUCGAGCCACAUGGGCUACAGCAACGACUACUCGAUGGUUCCACAGCGCACUCGUAGCCACGGCCCCAACUCGUCCGGUAACAGCCACCAUACGGCUAAUAUCCGUCAGCAAGGAGCUUUCAGUCCCGGUCCCUUUGGCCAGGGUGGCCAUGGCCCCAGCCAUGCAGUCACCAGUCCAUUGGCUCCCGGCAACGGCUUCAGUGAGGAUGAAGGCGGCGACAAUGAGCGCUAUGCUCGUGCUCUUGAGGGCUUUGCCUCGAACGUUGACCUUAGCAUUCUGUCGCGCUCCAACGAUGUUGCCAUCCUUCGUUACAUGAUGAAGCUCUAUGCUCCCUUCAGCGAGCAGCAGGCGUGGUCUUACAUUCGUCAGCACAUGAACGACCCCAUGAGCCGUGCUUGUCUCAUCUCUCGUACCAUGAUCGAUCUUCUUAUCAAUCGGAUCUUCACUUUCGAGGCCUGGGAGGGUUUCUCUGUUGAUGCUGAUCGCCAGCUGCGUGAGAUUCGCCACGAGAUGAACAAUCUCCCUGCGGGUCAAGGUGGUGCUCUUCAGCUGUGUAUUGAUCGAGUUGCGUCCCUGGUUAACUCUUGCAUCAACCAUGAGCGCUACGACGCCUAUCGCAACCACCGGAUCGAGUACUUCCAGGCUGAGCUCCGCGAGAUGCUCUCGCCGCUCUUGCUGCCCGAGUCUGAAGGCGGUCCCGACCUCGAGAGGGCCGACGAGGCGCUUUGCCAGAUGUGCGAGAAGGCAUGGUCCAUCUCGGCGAAGAUGUUUACCUCGCGAUGGACUUUCGAGUUCCGCUUUCCCGAUACGGGAGCGCGCUUCAACACUGGAACCAUGGUUGGAAUCGCGCCCAACAUUGGUCCGCAGCUUCUCCAGGCUGAGCAUUGGCGCGUGCAGCUUGUGGUUACCCCCGUCAUCACCGUCCGCAAUGAUACGGUCGGUGGCUUUACGCCAGACCAACUUCGCUGCAUUUCACUCUGCGUGCUUUCUUCACCAAUGAAGCUUUCUCUAUAUAACGAGGAAGCUGCUGUACGACUUACGACUCACGACACACCAAACAAGAGCGGUACUCUCAACUCCGCCAAAGUUGCCUUUCGAGAGCUUUCAUACAGAGCCAUCAUCGUCACCAUCACUAUUAUCAGCAAGGCUCUCACCGAUACUGAGAAAGCAGUGCCACCAACAGGCAAGGUUCUCAACACGAAGAGAACAGUGCCACCACCAAAGAAGACGACAAAAAGCCUUAAUGAUCUUUGGGAAUUCACAACUUGGACUUCUUCUCCCUCUAAACAUGUUGGAGUAUUUGGACAUGCGCCCCCGACUCCUUCAGCUCCAUUGGAACCAACUUGCGAGAGACCUUUGGAACAUCUCGGAAAAUUGGGAAUGGAUACGCAGAAAUUGGGUUCGGGAUUGGCACUAAAUUUCGAGGAAAGAUGUGUUGCGGCCGAGGGACUGGAUCUGGCUCAGAGAAAAUUGGCGAUAGAAAAUGAAGAAGGCCUCUGCGUUUAUCGCACUACAAUGCUGCAUUUCAAAGUAAGCGACAUGGAGAUUUGGUUUUCACCCCAGCUAUCAAAUCACUAG